CUAUUGUCACUCAAACUGUCAUCAAACAGUUACGAAAGCUUCAAGUGUUGUGAGCAGCAUGUCCUACAGCACCGUGCGGUUACGUUGUUGCAGUUAAAGACUAGCAGAUUGAACCCAAACUGUAGAGGUAAUUUAGUAUCCUGUCGUUAUUCUACGAGAGACAGAGGAAACCCCGGUACUUAUUCAGCGGUUGCAUGUUUUUAUGCUGCGUCACACACAGUGAAGGUUAGCCGAGGCCUAGCAGUUAGCUAGCCAAUGUGACAUUUCACGGAGGAUUGCUGGAAAAACCUCUCAGAUGACUCAGCCUCUCCACUGGUAAAGGUAAGUGCCCACAGGACAAACAAGCUCCAUCCUCACUAUGACAGCUCAGGAAGGAGAGGGAUGGGGAGUAUUGCUGCAGUGGUACAGUACGCCCUUAACUCAGCAUGCACCCUGACCUGUCACCUCACCUGCACACGGACGAGUGUAAUGAACUGAUAACUCGUCUGAAGCAGUGCCACACGGAGCACAAUGUCCUGAAGUUCUUUGGCACGUGUAACGAUGUGGACCGUGCUGUGCGUCAGUGCCUGAAGAAAGAGAGACUGGACAAGCGGGAGCGCAGCAAGCAACACGCGCAAGAGAUGAGAAAGAGGCUGAAAGAAGGGCCUAAGGAGCAGCUCUGAAGGACAUUUUACUGCAACUUUUCUACUGCCACUGCGAGUUAGAACUAUUAAAAUAUUGGAAGACUGAAUUACGAAUGACACUGUAACAGGACUCUGCUGUUGGUUCAUUUCAAGACAAGGAACGGUUAUAACUUCUGACACAUUUCUGAGUUUUUGUCAUCUGCACAGACUAAAACUUGUACCAGGACAUUUUAGGUCAACAUAAAAACAAUAGCAUCUAGUACUUUAGAUUACGUCUAUUGGGGAUCAUCAUUUAUUUCUCUUCUGUUAGCAGCUCCAUCAAAGAGAUUAGUGUAGCUGGUGGCAGGAGCCUUUCAUCAAAUCAUUAUUUUAGUUGGCAGGACACUCAGGAAUAUUCUGGUACCUGAUUUAUUCAUGAAAACAGGGAGAAUCCAUUUCAGGGAAUCAGAGAUGCAUGUAAAAAAAAAGACCCAGAACUGGGUUAUUCUGUGUGAACACACUCAUGGACAUAGACAUUGUUGUUUGAAAGUUUAUUUAAAUGGGGAAUCAUAUUGAUUCGUUACAAGUUUAAUUUCUUUCAAAUAAAGUGAAAUUAUGUUUAUUAA